CGCGCGACGGGCGGGGCGCGGCCGUGCCCGCCUCUUCCUGUACGUCACGGCGCGCGCCGGAAGCGAGGCCCGGACAGGCGGAGGCGCGGUGCGGCCUAGCGAGAUGCCUGUGACCGUGGGCCCGUAUGGGCAGUCGCAGCCCAGCUGCUUUGACAGAAUAAAGAUGGGUUUCAUGAUGGGCUUUGCAGUGGGCAUGGCUGCAGGAGCGCUGUUCGGCACGUUUUCCUGCCUCAGGAUUGGCAUGAGAGGACGAGAGCUGAUGGGUGGAGUUGGCAAAACGAUGAUGCAAAGCGGUGGGACGUUUGGGACAUUCAUGGCCAUUGGUAUGGGAAUACGCUGCUAACCUGGAGUUUGGGAUUUAUCCCAGAGUGCCCCCACCCAGCCAUUCCUCCUCUGUAUGAUAAUAAAAUCUUUAGACACCUGAA